GACGACGACGACGACUACAUAUCUCGACAACCCGCCAACUCGACCGGAACACCAACCGACUCUGUUUCUAUACAGCAAAUAUGGCCUCUGCUGCUGCCGCCCCUGGUGCCGCUAUCUCUAAGCGUAGAAAGUUCGUCGCCGACGGUGUUUUCUACGCCGAACUGAAUGAAUUCUUUCAACGCGAGCUGGCCGAGGAAGGUUACUCUGGUGUCGAAGUCCGCGUCACGCCCACCGUCACCGAUAUCAUCAUUCGCGCAACCCACACACAAGAAGUUCUCGGAGAGCAGGGACGACGAAUCCGUGAACUUACCUCACUCAUCCAGAAGCGCUUCAAAUUCCCCGAAAAUUCCGUUUCUCUAUAUGCCGCCAAGGUAUCCAACCGUGGUCUGUCCGCCGUCGCCCAGUGCGAGUCCCUCCGAUACAAGCUGCUCAACGGUCUGGCCGUUCGCCGAGCCUGUUACGGUGUCCUGAGAUUCAUCAUGGAGAGCGGUGCUAAGGGUUGCGAAGUCGUCGUGAGCGGCAAGCUGAGAGCUGCCCGCGCUAAGAGCAUGAAGUUCACUGAUGGUUUCAUGAUCCAUUCCGGCCAACCUGCAAAAGACUUCAUCGACCAUGCCACCCGUCACGUAUUACUCCGUCAGGGUGUAUUAGGUAUCAAGGUCAAGAUUAUGCGCGGUUCUGACCCUGAGGGCAAAGCUGGUCCCCAAAAAUCACUCCCUGACUCCGUUACCAUCAUUGAGCCAAAGGAAGAACAACCAGUUGUGCAACCAAUGUCCCAAGACUAUGGUGCUAAGGCUGUUGCUGCACAGCAAGCUGCUGAGCAAGCACGGUUGGCUGAACAGCAAGAGCAGGGUGGCGAGGCGCCGGCAGAGGGUUACACCGCAGAAUAAAUGGGUUCUCAUAAAGGGUCGCGUUUGGGUGAAAACGGGUCUUGAUACUUUUCAUGGAAUGGAAUGCUACUAUAGCGUGAUUCCAAGGAGUCUAUCCUGUGUAUGUCGAAUAUAAAAUACAUGGGAAUUGCAAGCGAUUUCCGCAUCAUUUUGUCAAGUCCUGCCUCACACGUGAAUAAUGACAAACUAUAUGGCUAGAACUAUCUAGGCAUUGAUACUUGGAACGUGUAAUUACAUGCAGCCUAGAUCUCUACGGAACGAUACAUUGGAACGCGAAUAGGGUAUCUCGACGCUUUAACAGAAGAUCAUCACUACUAAAAGGAAUAUCCUCAUAGUCGCUGCAACUGCUGAGAUCUAGAGCAGAACAUAGAGUGCGCAAAUC